AGAGAGAGAGGUUGAAAGGAGGGAGCUCGCCGAGACCCACCCUUCUCCCUCCUCCUCCUCCGGGCUGCUGGCUGGGCUUUUGUUUUCCUCCAGCUCCCCGUUUCCCACACGUGAUUGCCGUGUUAUUGCACAGGGCGCUCGGCGGCGCGGCUGCACCUAUAAAUACGGAGCGGGCGGGCGGCGGGGGCCCGGGGCAGCGCGGCGCGGCCGGGCGGAGGGCACCCCCGCGCCACCCCCAUGCACCCCGGCGGGCCGACGGCUCCCAUGCCCCGCCGCCCGCCCGCCUAAGGGGGAGACCGCGAGAGGCAGCGCCCGGCCAGCGGGGAGGGGAGGGGGAGCCGGCCGACAAUGGCGGCGGCCGCCACCGCCGCCAGCCCCGGUAGUCCCGCCGCCGGGCCCCUGCCGCCGCCGGAGCCCUGCCCCAGGAAGGGGCCGCCGCCGCCGGGGCCGCCGCAGCCGCCGCCGGCGCGCAGCGACCCCCGCCGCAGGCAGGCCGCCCUCUCCUUCCUCACCAGCAUCUCCCUCGACGGGCGGCCCCCGCCGCCGGGCAACGACGGCUCCGCCGCCAGGCCCCGCCAGGCCCCGCCGCCGCCGCCGCCGCCGCCGCGGCUGGGCAGCCCCCCGGCGGCGCCCGCCGAGCCCCCCCGGGCCCAGGAGGAGGAGGAAGAAGAGGAGGAGGAGGACGCCUUCGCCGCGGUGCAGGUGCCGGCCGCCGCCUUCCUGGGCGCCGCGGCGGCGGGCAGCCGCGGCCGCCUCAACUCCUUCACGGCGGGGGUGCUGCCGGCGCCCUUCGGCCGCACCAGCCCCCAGGGCCCCGCCGGUGGCGGCGGAGAGCUGGGGCAGCCCGGCCCCGCCGCCGCCUUCGAGCUGCAGCGGUCCCGACGUCGGCUGAUCUCCCAGCGAUCUUCUCUGGAGACUCUGGAGGACAUCGAGGAAAAUGCCCCACUGCGGAGGUGUCGAACACUCUCAGGAUCACCCAGACCAAAGAACUUUAAGAAGGUUCAUUUUAUCAAGAACAUGCGGCAACACGAUACCAGAAACGGCAGAAUAGUCCUUAUCAGCAGCAGAAGAUCCUUCUGUAGCAUAUUUUCAGUGCUGCCAUAUCGAGACUGUACCCAAGUCGGGGAUAUGAAGCUGGAUGGUGGACGCCAGUGCCAUUCUACUGGAGUGUGUCUAAAAGAGAUAAUUGGUCUUGAAGGUGUGGAGCUCGGAGCAGAUGGGAAGACGGUUUCAUAUACACAGUUCCUAUUUCCCACCAAUGCUCUGGGAACUCGGAGAAACACGAUAGACUCCACCUCAUCCUUCUCCCAAUUUCGCAAUGCAAGCCAUCGUAGCCUUUCUUUGGCAAGAGCUAACAGCACGCAGGGGAGCAUUGAUGCAGGUAGCGACCUGGGAGACUUUGUUGAAUACGACCCAAAUCUUUUAGAUGAUCCCCAAUGGCCAUGUGGCAAACAUAAACGGGUUUUAAUAUUUCCUUCAUACAUGACUACAGUCAUAGACUACGUGAAGCCAUCAGAUCUCAAGAAGGACAUGAAUGAGACCUUUAAGGAGAAGUUCCCUCACAUCAAGUUAACCCUCAGUAAAAUAAGGAGCUUGAAGAGAGAAAUGCGCAAGCUUGCUCAAGAAGAAUGUGGUUUUGAAGAGCCCACAGUGGCCAUGGCCUUUGUCUACUUUGAGAAGCUCGCUCUCAAGGGGAAGCUGAACAAGCAGAAUAGAAAGCUUUGUGCUGGAGCCUGUGUUCUUUUAGCAGCCAAAAUUGGCAGUGACCUCAGAAAACAUGAAGUCAAGCAUCUUAUAGAUAAACUGGAAGAGAAGUUCCGGCUGAACAGGCGAGAGCUGAUCGCCUUUGAGUUCCCGGUGCUGGUGGCCUUGGAGUUUGCUCUCCACCUUCCCGAGCACGAAGUGAUGCCGCACUACAGACGCUUGGUGCAGAACUCCUAGCGCUGGCUGCCCUGCAGGGAAGGGGCUCCCGACUGUUCCCGCUUGGCUCUCCUGAGCUGCAGUUACUACUGGAAAUGCAAAAUCAGACUCCUAACACUUCACUCUCUCUCUCUCUCUCCCCAGAAUAGUUUUUCCAGCAACAUAUAGGAAACAGUGCAUCAGCCUAAGACUCUCAGCUUUGACAAAUUUACGUAUCGUUACUUUCUCAAAGCAGGUGAAGACUGAGCUGCUGGUAAAUGGUUAACAUGCUGAAACUGGGUGGCGACUGACCCUACCUGUGGGGACUACAGCUAAAAAAGUAGGUGAAAAUUUGAAGGGCAGCCUCCAUGACCACCCCUCUCUCCAUCACACAAACCCUGGAAGCCCACGUGAGUGCAUUCUCAUAGCGCUUUUUCUACAGACCUGCUGCAACUUCCAAGAGGACUUCUUAACGUGAAAAAGCUUUUAAAGAUGAUAUCUUCACUGUGUCAAAAAGAAUGUGCCAAUCUAUUUUUGUAUCAGCAAUUGAAAGUGCACUUUUUCCUGUGGGGUGUUUGUGUGUGUAUCCGUGUGUGUGUGCGUGUGCGACACCAAGCUGAUCUCAGUCCAGCUGGUUGGCUUAGCUGUUUCCGAGUGUAUCAGUUACCGACAGCGAAGAUCAAGGUGACCUUACAUGUUUACUUCUUGAAAAACUUAACUACUGGAAAAGUGGUAAAUGGGAUCAUUUUUGGACACUUGGUUUUUUUAUUCUCUGAUCUUUCCAACAUUGUACCUUUGAAAGGAUUACACUACUACUACUAUGAGAGAAGGAUCAGCAACUGACCUUAAGUUUUCAGUCAUGUUUGUGAUAAAGAUGAAAGCAUUAGUAUGAGAUUUUCAUGUCAUGUUUUUUAAAAAUAUCUUGUGUUAAGCCACAUGCAUAUUUUUAACCUUCGCACUUUUCCCACUGUGGAGAUGGUUAGACUUGCACUCUGUAGUGUUGUAUUUCUGUGCUCUAUGUUAGAGUGCGUAAUAAGCACAUUUAUUGUGCUCUAUCUUAAAACAGUGUUUUAUUAAAAAAAAAAAAAAAAAAAGAAGAGUAGGGCUCAGCAGUAUAACAGGUGUCUUAAGGCUCCAACAGCAGGGGCAUCAGCUAUUAAAGUUUUGGGUUUUAACUAGAAUUGACUGUGCAAAACCGAAAAUCAGUGACCAUUGAAGUUAGAGGUCCAGUUCCUUUAGACAUUUCACUACUGGAGUUUUAUAGUAAAACUUCUUGCAGCUUCCCUGGUUCUAACUGGACACCCAGAAAGCUGGAGGGUUUCAUCCAAGCUCCCCGAUGCUACAUACACACUAUGCUAGUGCCAUGCUUACGGACGUCGUUCCAAUUGCUGUUAUCCUGUGGGAUUACACCGCUGUCCAGUCUUCUUCUGUGCUGGUUCACUUAACAAGCCUUGCCCUUGACAUGCCCCACAUGGAUCCGGUAAAGUCAAAUACUUACAUUUAGGGUAAUUAUAUAAAAUAAAUAAUAAUCUCAACUGUGAGAUUUUAGCUGAAGCCUUACCUCUCUAAGUUUGGGAGUGCUUGCUCAGAAUAUGGAAAGGGCUUGUGAGCAGAACGUAGAGAAGUGGGACAUACCAGAGGAUGUAAACACACUAAUGCUUACUUUCUUUUGCUCUUACUUAAAUCAGUUUUAUUAUUUCCUUCAGUUAGGCCAGGAAACAUCCAGUUUCUUUACCAGCUUUGACUCCUUUAAAUUCUAGUAUGAAAAAUGCCUGCGUAUGAUUGCUCUAUAGGAUCUGGAAAGGUUACACAUGUCAGGACAAAUGGGAAUUUGUUUGAUGCUGUUGCUCUCCCUCCAUUUUAAGGGGGAGUGUGACUAUGCUAGCUUACAGUUAUUAUUAAUACUUAGCUAAUUACUGAUAUAGAUACAUUCCAACAGGAUUGGGGAGGAGGGUCUAAAGAGAAAAGUGUGCACUUAACCUCCCCGGUGCAACGCCCCACGCUGCUGCAACCCACACGUCACUCAGCUGCGGAGCGAGGGGGGGGGGGGCCUUGCCGGCACUCCUGCUCCCUCCUCCUCUUCUUCCUCCCGGCCCCCACGCAGCCAAGAAACAGAGGAGCCAAGAGCCUGGAACACGCCUACAGCUGCCCUGCCGGUUUAUUCAGCCCAAGAAGGCGGUGCGGUGUUGACCUACAAGCCAAAACGGUCUGCGGGUCUGCUAGGGGGGCUUCCAUCCUUGGCUGCAUCCCUUCCCACUGAAAUCGUGUAUAUAUGUUCAAGAUUUGCUUCUGAUUGCAGAGAUCUGUUUCUAAUAGCGACCACUCAAAGCUAAGCAGAAGCUUUACCUUUCCGUAAAGGCUUCUACCUUUUGCUUUUGAGUCUGAUUUUUUUUUAUGUUGCUUUAUCAUAUUGCAGGGAAAAAGCAAAUUGUGAUUGCAAGAUGCAGACUAAAGAAUGACAGUCUUACAGUAGUCUUUAGAGACGCUAUUGAAUCAUGCUGUCACAUCUUUUGUCUUCUGUGCUGCUACCCAACCCUGAUCUACAGUUUACACAGAUUUCUGGGAUGAAAUCUGAUUGCUGGAGACUUUCUGCUUUUCGUUGUUUUUCUUCUUGUUGUUUUGGGGGCGGGAAAGGGUUUCAGAGUGAUGUUCAGUUACAGUUUGAAUGUGGAAUAAACACUUAAGACGAUGAUGAUGUUGCACUGUUCACUUAGGAACGUAUAUAAAGCCAUAUGAUGCUAGAUCUCAGAGCACAAAGCUUGGUCAGUACAAUUAUGGUUAGGACAACGGGCAAGAUUUGCCCCCCUUUUCUCUCCAACCCUGGGAAAAUUCAGGCUGAAGUGGUAGAGGAAAUCUGUACCAAACAAAAACCAUGUUGAUUGUUUUCUUUUGUCUUACAUGGUAAUGAGUGUUGAUUUACAAAUGAUUUUAGGUUCAAGUUUAAAUAGUUAGGAAAAUAAUCCAUUCCAUAUCACUUGUUCUGUUUUGAAAUUAUAUACCAUACACUCUACCAUGCAGAGUUUAUUCCUUUUCUAAAAAAAUAAAUAAAAGUUUAAAAAAAAAAUUGAAAAACCCAGACUCUUUUCCACCAUUGACAGUA